GCUCCCGCCUGGCUUCCCGGGACGCACAAGGCAGGCGCUGGUCGUGCGCAUGCUCGGCAGGCGGGGCCGCUGGAGUCUCUAGGCGCUGCAAUCUGUUGCACUGCCGCCGGCGGGAGCCGGCAGAUCCGGGUCUUGUGGCUAAGAGUGACGUGGUCACUCGACUCAAAACAGAGGAGGGGGAGGAAGCCGGCAGCCAGGAGCGGCAGCGGCAGCAGCGUCCGGAGCAGCCGCAGCCUUCUGGAAGCUCCAGGCGGUCUUUCUGCCGAGCCUCGGUCCCGGCCCCCAUCCUCCCCGCCCCAUCGGUUGUUGUCUGGGCGGAGACAGGGUCUUUCUCACCGUGUUGCCUGGGCUCGAGUGAUCCUCCCACCUCAGCUUUCAAAAGUGCUGGGAUUACAGGCGUGAGCCACCAUGCCCAAUCUUGAGUCCAUGUUUUCAAAUCUUUAAGAUUUAAACAGUCAAGUAAAAUCAAGCUGAGUAAUCAUGGCAGAAGGUGGAUUCGAUCCCUGUGAAUGUGUUUGCUCUCAUGAACAUGCAAUGAGAAGACUGAUCAAUCUGUUACGGCAGUCCCAGUCUUACUGCACAGACACAGAGUGUCUUCAGGAAUUACCAGGACCCUCUGGUGAUAAUGGCAUCAGUGUUACUAUGAUCUUAGUGGCCUGGAUGGUUAUUGCAUUGAUCUUGUUCUUACUGAGACCUCCGAAUCUAAGAGGAUCCAACCUACCUGGAAAGCCAACCAGUCCUCAUAAUGGACAAGAUCCACCAGCUCCUCCUGUGGACUAACUUUGUAAUAUGGGAAGUGAAAAUAGUUAACACCUUGCACGACCAAACGAACGAAGAUGACCAGAGUACUCUUAACCCCAUUAGAACUGUUUUUCCUUUUGUAUCUGCAAUAUGGGAUGGUAUUGUUUUCAUGAGCUUCUAGAAAUUUCACUUGCAAGUUUAUUUUUGCUUCCUGUGUUACUGCCAUUCCUAUUUACAGUAUAUUUGAGUGAAUGAUUAUAUUUUUAAAAAGUUACAUGGGGCGUUUUUGGUUGUCCUAAACUUACAAACAUUCCACUCAUUCUGUUUGUAACUGUGAUUAUAAUUUUUGUGAUAAUUUCUGGCCUGAUUGAAGGAAAUUUGAGAGGUCUGCAUUUAUAUAUUUUAAAUAGAUUUGAUAGCUUUUAAAUUGCUUUUUUUCAUGAGGUAUUUAUAAAGUUAUUUGGGGUUGUCUGGGAUUGUAUGAAAGAAAAUUAGAACCACGUUGUAUUUACAUUUACCUUGGUAGUUAAUUUGUGGAUGGCAGUUUUCUGUAGUUUUGGGGACUGUGGUAGCUCUUGGAUUGUUUUGCAAAUUACAGCUGAAGUCCGUGUCAUGGAUUAAACUGGUUUAUGUGGCUAGAAUAGGAAGAGAGAAAAAAAUGAAAUGGUUGUUUACUAAUUUUAUACUCUCAUUAAAAAUCUCUAAUGUUAAGAAAACCUUAAAUAAACAUGAUUGAUCAGUAUGG